UCCGGGCAGAGGCAUGGCCCCCGCCGACGGGGAAGCCGGGCUCGGCGAUGUCCGUGUCCCUCCCCACCACUGCAGGGCGCGGAGAGGCUCUGCCGUCACCAUGCUGCGCCCCAAGGCCCUCACCCAGGUGCUGAGCCAGGCCAACACCGGCGGGGUCCAGAGCACCCUGCUCCUGAACAACGAGGGGUCCUUGCUCGCCUAUUCCGGCUACGGGGACACGGACGCCCGCGUCACCGCGGCCAUCGCCAGCAACAUCUGGGUGGCCUACGACAAGAACGGGCACCAGGCGUUCAACGAGGACAACCUCAAGUUCAUCCUCAUGGACUGCAUGGAGGGUCGGGUCGCCAUCACGCGCGUGGCGAACCUGUUGCUGUGCAUGUAUGCAAAGGAGACGGUCGGAUUUGGGAUGCUGAAAGCCAAGGCGCAGGCUCUCGUCCAGUACCUGGAGGAACCGCUCACGCAGGUGGCCGCGUCCUGAGCAGCCGGACGUGGAGGCCGUGGACGUCCCGGCACCACCUGCCGCCGUCCCCUCCCCGGGAGCUGCCGCGGGAGGAUGCCGGCUGUGCCGGGAGCUUGCGCGGCGUUUGGUACUGCCGUUACGAACAAGGGGAGCGGGAGGGAAGGGGGAAAUAAAAGCACGGUUGCUGCUUGUGUCCUA